GUCCUAUUUAGCCUUGGAGAAAUUCGGUGUUUUUUUUUUUUUCCUCAGGAGGGAAACUUCGCAAGGUUCUGUCCCGAGUUCGGUACGGCUGCCGCCAAUCAGAAAACCGUUUAGAGGGGGGGAAAACAUUCGACAAUUUUAAUUUUGCAGAAGGUAAGAAGCCCUUGGCGGCACGAUAGAUCUGCCGCAGAGACUCUCGCCGAAGGAUCAACAAGUCAUGUCUGGUAUAGCUCUUAGCCGCCUUGCACAGGAGCGAAAGGCCUGGCGAAAAGAUCACCCAUUUGGCUUUGUGGCCGUGCCGACAAAAAAUCCAGAUGGGACGAUGAAUCUUAUGAACUGGGAGUGUGCCAUUCCUGGGAAGAAAGGGACCCCCUGGGAAGGAGGCUUGUUUAAACUCCGAAUGCUCUUCAAGGAUGACUAUCCUUCCUCCCCACCCAAAUGUAAAUUUGAGCCCCCACUCUUCCACCCAAAUGUAUAUCCAUCCGGAACAGUCUGCUUAUCCAUCUUAGAGGAGGAUAAAGACUGGAGGCCCGCAAUCACCAUCAAGCAGAUUUUGUUAGGAAUCCAGGAGCUUCUGAAUGAGCCGAACAUUCAGGAUCCCGCUCAGGCUGAGGCCUAUACAAUUUACUGCCAAAACAGAGUAGAAUAUGAGAAAAGGGUUCGAGCGCAAGCCAAAAAGUUUUCGCCGUAGGCCUGAAGACUGACUUAAAGGAGUUGAUUUGACCAGGAUCUUUUUUUUUUUUUUUUCCUUUUGU